AUGAAUGACUGGUUACUUCCUGCACAUAAAUUAUGUCUUGAAAGAUAUGGAUCAAACAAAUUUCAAGCAAUGGAACAAUUAUCAAUAAACUCUAACCAAAUAACGCAAACAUUUAAAACAUUAAUUCCUUUAAUUCAAAAUUUUCAUACAAAAAUAGAAAAUUUAAGAAUUAAUGUCCCCAAAGCUUCUUCAUCAACUUCUAUUUAUCAUGAACUUUUAGUAAUUUCACAUACAAAUGAAGUGUUAAUAGAAAUAUUUAAAAUAUAUGAAAAUACUUUAAACAAGUUAUCUGUUUCAUUAAAAAAUAAUAAUUCAUGGGGUGAAAAUAUUUCAUCUAUUCCUGAUAUUGCAAUGCAACAAAAUAAUAUGAUAUCCAAUAUUUCGUUAUUUCAAUCACUUUCUUCAUACAUUAAUGACUUAAAUCUUAUUUCACAUCAAAUGGUCAAAUUCAAUAAUAUUAUGGAGGAAGAAGAUUCUAAUGAAUUAGAAACUGCUGUUGUAUCAGUUAUUAACGAAAGAAAGAAACUACUUAAUACUAAUUAUUCACAGUCAACAGAUGAAAUUAUAAAAAAUGAAAACGAAGAAGUUCCUCUUCCUAUUCUUAAAGCUAUGUAUGGAAUUUAUUUCACACCAAGAUCUCUUGAAGGAGUAUUUAGACAAUGCGCUGACUCAAAAGCAUUAGAAAGUUACACUAAACUAAUUGGUGUUAUUGAUGUACAAGCAACAGAUGUAGUAAAUCUUUCAGGAGUAAUAAGAAAAUUUUUAAGAAGCUUAAAUACUCCUAUUUGGCCUCAACGAUUACUUCAACCAAUGUUAAGUAUUACUAUGAGCAAUAGUACUAAUGAAGAAGUUUGGGUUGACAAAAUACGUGAACUAACAUGUCAAUUACCAAAAACAAAUGCAAGUAUUCUGAAACAUUUAUUAGCUCUUUGUGGAAGAAUAACAAAUUGUCCUGAAUCAAAAAUGGAUAAUUAUAAUAUUGCAGUAUGCCUUGGUUUAUCAACAUUUGUAAGUAAAAAUGAUAUUCAAACCAUUGGACCACAAACAGGAUAUAUUAUCAAAACAUUUGAACUUAUGAUUAAGAAUAAAGAAGUUAUAUUUACCGAUAUAGAUGAUUGCUUUAAAAGAAGAGUUAAUGAUGUAAUUACUCCUCCAAUUUAUCAUGAUAUCUUCUUUAAUAAAAGACAAUCAAUGUAUUUCACAAGACAUAGACCAAAUCAAAAUGAAACAAAAACAAGAAUAUUUAAUAUUGGUAAAUAUGUUGCAAAAUCAACACCACUCAAUUAA